CAACUUUAUUGGCAUUUUUACAAACAAAGCUAUUACCAACACGCCACAAGCCUCUGAGCCGUUAUUAACGUGCACGUUUGUGGGGAGGAGGAAAGAUAAACCUGGCCAAGAGCUUUCAGUUUGUCGAGGCUCAGGAAAGCACCAUGUGGGGACUGAACCUGAACAGUGACUUGCUACCGUGGUAACGGCUAAGAGGGAUCUGGGGGAGGGGUUAAGGUGGAAGGGUGCACACAGAGUCCUGCUUUCAAUCCUCCCAGGGACAUCUGUAGCCUUAAAUGCGAUUGCUGUUAGUGGCAGAGCAGCUGAGAGGAGCCUUCUCUGCAGAAUGAGUUAUGACACAAACACACAGACUUGGUGGGAAAGCAAAGCGAAGGAGGAGGAAUGAGGCUGCGCAAACAAGCCUGAGCGCGACACACACUCUCUCUCACAGGCGCACACACACUCUGUCUAAGAGCGAGGAAGAGGAGGAACUGGAGCUGCAGGAACACCAGACGGCUGCUGGAGCCUCAGAGGUGGCCUGGCAGUCCAGAGUCAGGGUUUACUCUCCGCCAGCAGCUGGAUGGCCCACGCAGUCCCUCUGGAGCAUCUCAGUCAGACCCAUGUUAGACUGUCUUUGGUCAGACCCACUCUGGUCCAUCACCUCGAGGAACCCCAACCCUGAUGUCCACUGGAAGCUUCAGCUGGUUUCUCUGACACACAGAAGCAGGAUCGUCUGCAGGCAAAUCCUGCUUUCUUCAGCUCCUCAGAGAGAGAAAAACAAGCCUGACUCAAUUAAGUGCUCUUAUCUGGACCGUGGAGAUGAGCUGCCUGUGGCACUGGGAUUUCUCUUGAGCAAAGUUAGACCUGCACUUUCGAUUGUCAAUUCAGGAAAUGAAGAAUCUUUAUCAUCGGGAGCUCAAAAAUCAGACGAAAAAUAUCUCAGAAGAGUUAUAGGUUAAACUGGAUUAAAACCAAAGAAAUUUCUAAUUUUAUUUAAUAGUUGAUCUUUCUACCCUCACAAGUGAAGAAAGGAAUAAAGCAGGAGUUUUUUUUUCUGCAGAUCAUCACUUCACAGGCUUCCAGAAUGAAGGAGCAGCUCCUUGUUUCAUUUCUGGACCUCUGAGUCUCCAUAUUUCUGAAAGAGGUUGAGAGCCUGACGGAGCCCCACUCUGCUGCUUUGCUGGAUCCUGGUUUUUGGAUGUUUAUCUUCUGUUUUUUUUUUCGGGAUCAUUGUGAUCCUUUUAGGGAUAUGAGUGCAAACCCUUGGAGUCUACCUUCCAUGCGCUCAGUUGCCCUCAAGCUGGAAUCUCCUCACCUCAUUCUGUGAUCUUCUGUUUUUUUGUGGAAAAAGAUGAAAAGCCGGACAUGAAAAGUCAGUUUGGAGACUGGAAAGUUUCUGCGUUGGGAACCAUGGACUCUGGGAUUGAAUCUGGUCUCUGUUCAGACAAACUUUUUGUUGCUAACAGCAGACUCAGGUCUGCAUGAUGAUGAGGAGGACAGCGAAGCAUCGAGGAACCUUUUCUAUGUGAAAGUUCUUUCCUGAAUCUUUCUGGUGAACUUUGACUUUGCCGACACAGAACCUCCGCUGACGUUUUCACCAGCAGAUGUUUUCGAACCAGUAGCCGGUUUGGUAGGUGAGCCUCUUGAGGAGUCGCUUCCCAGGCCAUGAUGCUGCCCGGAGGACCGGUGGUGGGCGGAGGGGGCUGGGGAGGUGGGCUGUGCCUGCUGAAGUGGCUGGGCCUCAGGAUGUUGUCCCGCCGGGGAACCCUGGUCUUCGUUCUGCUCUGGUUCGGGUCCUGGUUGUUCCUGAAUGGUCUGGUUCUGGUCCACAGGAGCAUCCUGUCUGAUUACUGCUCUGAUGAAAAGAGCAAGAAGAUCCUGCAGCGACUGUGUCUGGAGUUUGGCGAGGGCUCGGUCACGGGUGACAUGUGCGAGGACCUGUGCGUGCUCGGGCGGGUCGAGUACAAACGCUGCCUCUACUACGAGAACGGCAAGAAGGUGAUCGAGGCACACUGGAGAGGAAAACCCAUCAUCUUGAAGUCCAAAAAGGAGAACUUCUCCUCCUACGAGCCGCUGGGCAUCCUGGACUAUGAGCAGGACACAGGAGAGGAGUUGUCUGCUCUUGAUGUGGUUUUCUAUGCCACUCUAGAGGUACGAAACUCUCUGGGGCUUAACGAGGAAGAGGAGUAUGAAGAGCGGGAAGGAGGAAACAUCAGCACUUUGGCCAAGCUUUGGGGGAAGAAGCUGAAAAUGAGAAACACAAGUUACUCCAGAGCAGAGCUGGACUCGCUGUGGUCCCUGCUGCAGCAGGAGGAGUACACCUUCCUCAGAAUCCUGCAGGAUCUAAGCAGCCAUGUGGCCAAAGUGUUGGGUUCCUGCGGCCACUUCUACGCGGUGGAGUUCCUGUCAGCUGGACACACCUGGGACCAGAACAUCUUCUCCCUGGAGGAGGUUGCUGUUCCCGGGCUGCAGCUUCCAGGCCGAGGGAGGUGGUCCGCCCGGGAGAUGGUGCACCGAAUCGCGCUGAGCUUCCUGGACAUGGUGUGGCACUUUGACAACGACUUCACUCAUCAAUUACACCUCUGCGAUAUCAAGCCGGAGAACUUUGCCAUCAGGAAGGACCUGACAGUGGUGGCCAUCGACGUGGACAUGGCCUUCUUCGAGCCGAAGAUGAGGGACAUCCUGGAGCAGAACUGCAGCAGCGACGAAGACUGCAGUUUCUUCGACUGCUCGUCCAGGUGUGACGCCGUCAGACGCCGCUGCAGCCCCCGCCGCCAAAACAGCAACCUGCAGGUGAUCUGUGAGAAGAUCUUCCAGCCCUGGUUUUCUCCCACGAUCCUCGGAGCCAAAGCAGGACUCCCUCUGCAGGUGGAGCUGCAGCGGGCCGUGCAGGAGUGCUCCGAAACAGACAGAGGGGACAAUGAACCCGAGGAAGACGGGGAGCAAAGCAUCCUGCAGCGUCUGCGCCGCAUCCUGAACCGCCUCCUGCAGGAGGAGGGACCACAGGAAGAAGGAGGAGGAACCUUGGAGGGACAGAGACACGUCCAUACAGCUCUGAACUUCUGAGGAGGUGAAGAAGAGCAAUGAAGAUAUUGACCAGGAUGUAAAAUCAUCCAUAAAAAUGAAUGUGAAGGCAGAAUUACCACAUGGAGGAACCGCAAAGGAGCAGGAGAGCUGACCGAGGGGGGUUGAAAGUAAGAGAGUGGUUCCUGUUUUUAUCGGAUGUUAGGGUCCAGAUUCUAUUAGGAAGUGAAUGACCACUCUGAAAAAUAAGGUCAGUCACCUCACUGAUCGCAUAUCCAGGCCGUUAGGCCUACUGCCCACACCCCACCCCUCCUAACGUGGAUCAAGUGUGAGGCUGCAGGUUGUCCAUCUGCAUUGAGACAAAUCCGUCCAUGAAGGCUGGCGUCCGUCCUGGAGAUGGUUCUCCAAUCUCUAUACAAGCCUUCAAAGUGAUGUUGUAGGGUUUUUUUCACUUCCUGUGGGGACACUGGAAGUUUCACACCAAACACAACUGUGGCCACAAAGAACCUCCGUUUUCACAACGUCCUGUCUUCAUCCCUGUUCAAAAGCAAACCCCCCCCCCUGACUCUCUUUGACUCACAGUUCAAACAAAUGUGAGGAUUUUUCUACCUGUGCGGUUUGAUGUUUUCAUUCUUUUGAACAUCGUUCAUAGUCUCCAGCAGAAAGGUUAUUCUCAGUGAGAAUUCAACAGAUUUUUCUAGUUUAAAGAGAAACGCGGAAGAAGAAAAAACAGCUAUGCAGCAGAAACUGAAGGGCCAGUGUGCAACAUGUUACCUGGAAAGAAACAAGUACCUCCUAAGAUGCAGUUCCUCCAAACAUCAGAGCGACUGUGAGGAGCAGCAGAUGGCGUCACCGUCGGUGCUUCUGCUGAGGCGCUCCACAGCCUGUCAGCACAGCUUGACAUACUUUUUACAGAUGGACAAAAACAAACCAGAACAACUUUUAUCUGACUCUUCUUUUUAUUUAUGUUGUUAGCCAUGUAAUCAUGUUUACACAUAAUUUAUUUGUAAAUAUUGAUCAUUUUAAGAAAAUACAUAAUUAUGCAUUAGGUUAAAGGUUGUGGUCAUUUUUUUGGGAAAAAAAUGUUACUAGUCUUUCUCAUCUUUGUGCAUUUACGGAUGCUUUUUCUACAAAGUGACUGCAAAAUGAUCCUAAACUGAGACUUAAACCCACAUUUAUACUUACUGUUAGAAAGGUUCCACUGUUAGAAAAUGUCUCAGCUGAGAGGAGAGUCCAAAAAUAUAUUGUUUUUUGACGUUCAGAGGAACCUGGACAAGGUGACUCUAACAGGGCUGUGAUGGUCCAGGCGUGUCACACAGCCACUACGUACAUUUCUGCACAUAUUGCACAGAUGAAAAUUGGUCAUACAUGAAUUUAGGUGGAAAAAGUGAGAAAAGUUGUGAUCAUGAAAUUGUCACUAAUGUUUCACGAAUGAACCACGUUCAAACCACGGAAGAACUCAAAAUAAACCACGCAAAGAACACGUAAAUCAACAGAACUAUGAUUAUUGCACUGUUUAUAUGUGAUUCAUGCCUCAAUUACGUAAUUUGAAUGUGAGAUGUUGGCCGCAAACGCAAUAUAAAUGUCUUGCAUCGGUGGGACAUGCCCGUUAGAGGUGAAACGGUCGUGGAAAGCCACAAUUUGCAUAUGCAUCUUGCAAAGAUCACUUACCGGGCCUUGAUGGACCUCUGUGUACAUCGAUGAAUGAUAAACGCGAGAAACACUCACAAAUUACAUGUGUCACGCAUGUGUCAUGAAAGACUUAAAUUUCAUACGUGGAAAAUGUGCUAAAUGUAUGUAGUGGCUGUGUGACAAAGCCUUAACAUGCAAAGAUGAAAAAAUGAAACAAAAACAUAUUUUCGUCCAAAAACUGCUAUUUCAAAAUCCAUAUGAAGAACUUAUCACAUUUACAUUUUCUAAAAAUUUCUAUUUUAAAUGAAUAAAGUAGUGAGCAAAACAUUUGAAUAUAUUUUUAAAAAUCACUUAAACCAUACAUUUUUUAUGCACAUUUUCUUUUGUUUUGUCUUUUCCCAUCUUUGUUUUUGUUCCAUGAUGUUAUCAGCUAUAAGAAAGUAGGUCAAGCUGUGCUCAACUAUGGCUCCACUUUGCAAAUGUUUCAGUGGAACCAUACAAGAAGCCUCAUGUUGGACCAGAUCUUCAGGGUUUAUUCCAGGAUCCAGCAGCUUCUUGUUAGAUCUUUACUGUGAACAUUCAUUUGUUUCCUUUUUUAAUUCUGUGUCUCCACCUCAUCAUGAUUGGUUGCUGCUGAAGGCCUUCAGCCUCCAUGUUUCUUUCACACUUUAGUGUUUCUUUUCAGCAUUUGAGGUCAGAUAAUUCAUGAGGCUCAAAGAAAAUGACUAAUUCUGUGUUUUUGAAGGCAUUAAUAUCCCAUCACUUACAUGUACUGUAUGUCCCAUGUGGACGAGAUUUGAUUUAAUGUCGCUUAAGCUCAUGUUUGGUUUGUUGUAGUUUCUAAUGAAAUUGUUUUUCUGCUGAGUCAUGAUCACACAUGGUUGCAAGUAGCGGUGACCAGUGCUCUUUCUGUUUUCUUAGUGUUUGCUGCUCUUGAUCAGAUCCUCCUGUGUCCCUCAUCUUUCACGUUUUCUGAUGUUUGACUAAUUCUUUGUUUUUUCACGUUAAGUUCUUCCAGGAGAGUUUGGAUGAAAGUUUACAGAAUUAAAAAAUAAAAGCUGGAGAAACCGUU